AUGAAGGAGCCUUCACCGAGGCGCGGUACGAAUGCAUUCGUUGGCUACUGCCCGUGCGGCAGUAAGCGCAUGAAUCAGCGCUCCCAGGUGGACUCAGCAGUGCUGUUUGCAGUGGUCGACUGUGGUCGCAAGGGUGUUGGUGUGCUCGCACUGGAGAAGCUCAAGGCCAAUACGUUCAUAGGCGAGUAUGUCGGAGAGGUUGUCGGCGGCGCAGAGUUGCAGAGGCGGCGACAGGUAAUAAAUGAAUUUGGUGACUCGAGUGUUUUGUCGCGCUGA